AUGUCGCUAUUUUCCAAAGGCAUAUUCAGUAGACGGAAGCAACAAUCCGAGAAAAGUCCGGCCAUUCUCAACCAAAAACCAGUCUCAGAUUUCUCGUCGAGCACUGCGGUACAAUCUGAUACGACCGCCACACAGAAUUCACAUGGUGUAAUCAACGUCCGGAUCCGACAUUAUAAGCCAACCCGUGAUUGGGACGUUGAGAUUUACCAUAACGAGACGACGGCCCAUUACACUGGUCGCGUUUCUAAGUCACCCCCAGAGGCACGUUGGCAAAGGGGGAGUUGCAAUCUGGGUUGCUUUGAGUUCCGUCAGCAGCAGGCCGACCAUAUUCAAGCUCCAUCUGACCUUUGGCCUCCAGGGAGACUUGAUCUGGGCACCCAAAAGGCCACAAUCCUAACGAACUUGGAGACUAGGGGAAACCGGAAAUUGUGGGGAUCUCGUAAGGCCAUGUCACCGAAGAAGAAGACAGAGACAAUAAAUGGGAAGAGCCAAGUCUUUGAGAGGAGUACUGUCGUCCAGAUGCCUACUGGUAAAGCUGACGGUGGAAUGGAAGACCUAACUUGGGAGUGGACUCCGAAUAAUGAUCAGCUAUGCUUGGUCAGGUAUUUCCAGAAGUAUACCAAAUGGGAUAAAGUUGUGGUGGCUCGGCUUCGUGUUGGCCCUCUAAAAUCCAUGGGUGCCACUCUGACGGAAGAAAAUUUGGUAAAGGCAUCAGACUGCUGGCUAGAAAUCCUUCCCAGUUCCACUUGGCAUGGAAAUCCAAAAGAACAAAUUCUCAUCAUCAUGAUGAGCAGCAUGGUCGCAAGACAUUGGUUUGGGCCAACAUGGAGCCAACUUGCACAGAAAGGCAGGAAGCAGCAACAAGCUAAAAGAAAGAUGGACCAGCUUCAAGAGAGGCAAAGGAAAGAGAGGGAGCAGCUUGAUAGAAAGCAUAGGAAGCAGCGUGAAAAGUAG